AGGUUAAUUCCUAGAAAUGAAACCAUAAACAAUGAAGUGUCGCGAUUGUUUGGUCGAGGCAGAGACGUUAAGCCAUCAUCAACUUCAACGAAUCCAGCAGCUGAUAGCAAUGGCGCCGCACACAACGAAGUCUUGUCACGCUUUAGGCGUUUGAACAACAACCGACGAAUAGGGCAAUCUUUAAUACCAAAGCGCCGCAAGCCAAAACAACCAAACACCACUCCAUUUAUGUGCGAUGUGAUUCUGCUAAGUGGGCCAAAGGAUUCAAUAGUACCACGACAAGGCGUGAAGCUGGCCCUCGCUGAACGAGGCCACGYGCUCACAGSCUGUCGCUUCCAUAAAGCAAUGACAGAAKUAAAUGUGGAAACCGCCAUACAUGAAGCGUUUKGAAGCAUAAUACCCUUGCUUGUGGACAUUGAGAUUCUUCACUCUGUCCACAAUGCCCUAKUAAAGCCWGUUCYAAGUCCUGGGCAGCAGGGAAUUGAUGGCGCAAUUUUACAUCGACUYUUUAAAGUAAAGAACAAACCCAUCUAUGUCAGGCCCAGCAAGAUUAUUGUACCUGAACUUGCACAGGAAAAUGAAGCGGAGAAAAGUAAAGACCAACUGUCAUUCAAUGUUGUUGAAGAUACAGACAAUGAAGACAGUGAUGAUUACUUAACUCCUGUGUUAUUAAACAGCUCUACCCAAGUCCCUUCUAGCAGCAAUGGCAGCCAGCCCACCCUAGCCAGUAUGUCCACCUUA